AUGAGGAUUUUCUCAUCAUCAUACACCUUCGACUACUCGUGGGAAGAAGUCAGCACAAACAACUGGCGGAAAUACUGCCCAUGGAACGACAAAGCCGAACACGUGCUGGCCGUCGACACCUUAUCACGAAAUGUCGAUGCAGCGACAGGCAUCCUGCGAACUGAACGUCUCAUUACCUGCAAACAGAACGCACCACAAUGGCUUCUGUCAAUACUAGGAGGCGACACGACAAGCUACGUCUACGAAGUCAGCUAUGUUGAUCCCAAGGACAAGAAGGUUACCAUGUGCAGCACCAACAUGACCUUCUCAAACCUGCUACAAUGCCGAGAAACGGUCACGUACAGCCCCAGCUCGGCUGGCAAGACAGACUUCCAUCAGAACGCACGAAUAGUUGCCUUCUGCGGCGGUUGGCAGAAGAUUCGAAGCAAGAUCGAAGAGGUCAGCGUCGAACGCUUCAAGGAAAACGCCACACGUGGACGAGAGGGGUUUGAAGCUGUCCUUGAAAUGUCGAGGCAGAUGUUUGCUGAAGAGAGAGAGAAGCUGAAGAUGGGCCUGCCUCUGACGGUAUAG